GUCAAAGCCACCUCUAGCUGGGAAAGUACACCUACGUUGGAAGGCGCUGUUGGGGCCAAGGUUCGCUUCUUUGUUCUGGGCCUUCUCAGAUCUGGUUGAAGCGGCUACCUCUUCACCAUUUCUCCCAUCACUUUGAGCAUUUCCGCUCCAACGCGGUGUGCCAGCGACGCAGACCAUGUCUAUGGGCCGCAUUAUGUGCUUGAUCACUCGCAGCGGAGAACAACUUAAGCAUCAAAUGAAGCUAAGAAUAUGAUCUUCAACAAGCAUACACGCGUCUUUCAAGUGCCUAAACAGCUGCGCUGAGGUGGAGCAGGGGACGGCCUCAUGAAGAAUCUUCUGGGCCUCUCCGGGCUGCGGGCAUGCAAUCUGGGGACGGCGCACUUGGUCACUCCGCUGGUUUUUGCCGUAAUUCUGGUGAGCCUUUGGCUCUUCAUGCCGGCCAGGUCACCAGAUUACGGAGCGCCCGCGGUGGCGGAGGGGACAGGUGACAGAUUGACGCCAAGCCAAUUUGAAAGGCAGUCCUCCGUCCCUGGAAUUCAGGCGCUCCUUUUGCAGAUUGAAGAAGGGUCAAGCGCGAGGGAGGGACUGGUGAAAGAGUUGCUGGGACCCCCCUCGGCAGACGCACCCCUGACCGCCGGCGCACUUAUAGAUCAGCUUGCAAGGCAGCCUGCAGGUUCUGGGAGCUUGCAGUCGCUUUUUGGCAGGGGCAUCGGCCCCUUCUCGGGCAUUUGUGCGCAUCGCUCAGAGCACUCUGCGUACCCUUGGCCGCCGCUCCCUGCCUCCCCCACUUUUGACAAGAUCGCCGCCGCAUAUGAGAGUUUCCACGCCCGCUGCACCGCCGCGGGGGGCAACGUCUCCCAGCUCGUGUCCUCUGGAACCACCCCCCCUUGUAAAUACAUUGUGUACACAAUAACCCUGUUCAACAACGGGGGUUUAGGGAACCAGCUGCUUAGCUUGGUGAGCACGCUCCUCUACGGGAUGCUAACUGCGCGGGUUGUCCUCGUGCACGAUAAGACGCUCCCAGCAGAGCUGCUGUGUGAGCCCUUCCGUGGGUCCAGCUGGCAGUUUCCCGACGCCGUCAUGCCCGUCCCGAGCGACCUCCGCCAGGGUGACAUCAGCGACCUUCCUUGCGGGGCCGGGGGCAGCGACUCAUCGCUCGGCGUUUGGAACCAGACGAUCGGGAAGACCCAGGUCGUCUUUAUGGACGUGAAGCACUGCUCUCGGGGGAAGCCGGUGCUCUUUUCUGACGCCGCGUCGGAAGAACUAGAGGCGGCGGACUGGCUCGCCGUGUACAGCAACCAGUACUUCCUGCCGGCACUGUAUCAUCAGCGGCGCUUCCUGCCGCUCCUGAGGGAGAUUUUUCCGGACAACCGGCCGGGCGCCCGGCUGAUGCGGCAGUUCUUCCACCCGAUCGACGCCGUUUGGCAGCACGUCAAGCGGGAGUAUGCGGAGAACAUGGCGGACCGGGGUUACAGGAUAGGUGCGCAGCUGCGGUUCUUUCAACAACCCGUCGACGUCGAUAGCUUCCUCAAGCGGCUAAUAAGAUGCGGUCAUACAACAGGCAAAUUACCCAGGUUAGACGAAAUGACCGACAACCGAGAAGCCAAUAUCCGGUUGGUAAAUGGGCUCACAAAUCGCUCGAUCUUCGUCGGGACGCUCGAAGCCGGGGUCAAAACGGGCGUCCAUUCGGUGUACGGAAAGUCCGGAAGUGAGCACGUGGCCUUCCACGUUUUUGAGUCGAAUAAUGACACGCAAGAGGACUACGGGUUACGAGACCAUAAGAAGAUGGCGCUCAUCGAUAUAUGGCUCAUGAGCUACGUCCAGACGCUUAUCGUGAGCCCGGAGUCGACUUUUGGACACACCGCUAUGGCGCUAGGGAACACCGAAACGUGGGUCCUAGAUCGAGAGCCGUUGGAUGGCUGCUCGAAGGCUAGGGCGCGGGAGCCAUGUUACCAACACGUUCCGGGAGCCUAUGAUUACCAACUGGCGGAGAAAGAAGAGUCCGAUGGGCGGCUGGGCUUUCUGAGAUCUUUGUCGGGUGUCGUGUCAAUGUGCAACGACCAAUACGGCGGCCUUACUUUUGUAAAUAGUUGACGUUAGUGCGCGCAUGUGUUGCUUGUGAAAAUUCUGAGUAUUGCAUUCUUUCGUCAAAAGUUUAGUCAGCAAUGUGAUCUAGCGAACCAUUUACGGUCAAUCUCUGGAAGGUUCUGAGUUGUUUCUGCCGGCUGAAUACGCUGAUCGAAAAUUUAUCAUAACACCGCCCAAUGCGUCGCAGGGCGGCGCUCAGUA